AUGGUGGCGGUAGACGAUGGGGAAGGUGGCGGCUGUCGUAAACGGAGCGGCGAUGAUGGACCAAUGGUGGCUGAAAAUGGUGGUUGCGGUGAAGGGGCAUCAACUGAGAAUUCCUGCAGGGGAGAGAUUAAGGAAGAAAAGGAGUCAUCUCGGAACAUAAUUGACGAAGAAAUGCCCUUGCUGGUAAAUUCAGCCACACCCGAAGUACAGAAAAAUCUAAUACAAAAAAGACAUUUGCAAGCACUGUCACCUGGCUUAUCUUCUACCACCAACUCAGAGCUUGCUUUUCAACUUCUGUCUCCAGUAUUUUCAAACCAAGAUAGCUUCAAGGACCCAAAGGAGAAUGUCUGUUAUGGGUUUACCACAUUCCGUAGCUUGUAUCAUUUAUGGAUCACCAUUGCACUGUUAGAUCAAAAUGUGGUGAGCUGCUUUUACCCACAACCAUCAGAUGGAACAAAAGAGGUCCUCACAGAACUGCCAGUCGAGAUUGGGGAAAUAUGCAAUAUGUUGUUCGUUGUCUUUCAUACCAAACAACAUGGAAUCGGGUUGCCAGUCACAGAUUGUUAA